ACUUUGAAUGAGGCAGUGUUCUUUACCGCCGAGCCGUACAGUGUCGCUGUCCAACAAUCCUCGCACUUCUCCCGUGCAGAAAAGCGCCAAACCGCUCUUUAACCCACCCUAGCAACGACUGACAGACGCUAUGGCAACCAGUACAGAGGGAAUCUCUUCUGACAAGUACAGUAACGUUAGCUAAACAAUGUAUUUUCAUUACAAAAGUAACAGUGUGUGUUACAGCUGACUCACUUAUUGUUGUAAACGGACCCUAGUUAACAGCGACUGAAGCGUUAGUAGAAGAAAAGAAAAGCGACAAGAACAGCUGCUGUUCACUCAAAUGAAUGAACCUGGGUCUCUCGGGUAAUUUAGCGCUUAACAGUUUUAUUAGUCCAGCAUCUGAUCUGAAUUAAUUACCGUUAACACGAGCUUCACAUUGGCCGUGGGAAUGAUUUAACAGCCCGUGAAGCUUUAAGGCGUUCCGGGGAUGUUUGCCAGGAUCAUUAACGCUCAGUGACCGACAGAAAGCUUCCCUGGUAGAUUGAUAGUAACGUAAGUUAUUGAGGAAAACCUCUGAUGUCUGAGUGGAGAAGCGCUUUCCAGAGGAACCGCGUGAUUCCGCCGCACAGUCAGACUGCUCGACAAGCGCCAGGAUCUGCUCAGGGUCUGCAGCUGCUCUUCAAACACCUCGAUGGACUUCACGUGACACAGUCUGAGUCUCCGCCAUCACUUCAGUAUCAGCUGCGGGUGACCUUGUUUGACUCAGGUCACCAGCACUUCUUCGGGCGCACAUGGAAGAGCGGCUCACACUCUGUCAGUGGCUCACCGGGUCAGAGCUAUCGAGUGCUCUUCAAUGAGGUUGUGUACUUUCACACUUCCCUGUGUUUGAGCUCAGUGAUGGCAGUGGUAGAGCUGGUGUCUCUGUCUACCCGGGCAGACGGUACCCAGGAAGCAGUGGGGUCAGGUUUUGGACUCCUCCAGCUCUUCACAGGUCACGCAGAGUCCAGCGUCUCUCAGGGGGAGGACAGGCUGAAUCUGUUCCAUGGGACCCCCAGAGCUCUCCUGCACCCAACACUGAAAGACCCUCUGCAGUUGAAUGCCAUGUUGUCUGUGAUGGAGGGCACUCAGCUGAUCUACUCCAUACAGCCACAUCUAGCUCUCACUACUAUCAUGCACCUUCUCCCACCCAAUGUUCUAGUGUCUGGACAUGAGAAAAUCCCUGGUGUGGUGUCACCAACGGACACAGAUACAGCAGAUGCGCUGCGGAAGCCUCGUCUGCUGAAGAGCUUCUCGUGUGUGUUGGAGGGCCUACGUGUGACACUCUUCCCCUCCGUGGAGGUCUUUGAAUCUGACCUGCUCCAGCUGCUCAACAGAGACUGCCAGAAUACAAAUAGGGGUGCAGAAGGAAGGUCAGUUGUGGUGCAGGAGCGCAGGCUGCUGGUUGGGGUUCAUAAUGGCUGGGGUUGGGUGGAGAAGCCUCAAGUUUUGGUGCUGGAACGUGAUUCUGGAGGAACUGAAGCAGCCAAGGCUCGUGGAUCCAGCUUCAGGCAGACCUCCACAGACAAACUCAGCAGUGAUGGACUGUCUCUUCGUGGCGGUGUGCAGCUGAAGCUGAUGAGGGACGUGGAUUUCAGCAUUGUCUUCCAGCUCCAGUAUGUUUUCUCAUGUCCACUGGCUGUUGAUGGGCAGCUGACAUCCACAGCUGUGCCCAGAGCAGCGUUUAUGCAGUGUGUGCGCUGGUGUGCCUGGAGUCUGUUUUGGGAUCCUGAGGGUCCCGGAGAAAACGUGUGCCUCAACCUGCAGGGCGACUCUUUCCCGAACCCUUGGGCUGUCAUGGUCUACACCACAAGCACACAGCAGACAAAUUCUGGGAAAUGUGUCAUCAAAUUGAAGUUUUCAUCUAGUGCAGAAGGAGUUUCUAGCAGCGCGGCAUUGAAAGUGAGCCACCAAGAAACAUCAGCACCUAAGAAGUUACUUUCAGCUUCCCAAGGUGAGUCUGGGUUUAUUGUUGCUUUCCUGUGCAGAAGUGGUGGUAUACACAUCGGUUUCCACACCAGAGACCCGGGUUCAAGACCCGGUCGUGACAGAAACACCGAGUCAGACAUGGACCCAGAGGCACUCAGUACCAAAGAACUGUUGGCAGUGAUUGGCAGUCAUGAAGCUUCGUUCCAGCGUCAUGAAGAGGUUCUCUGUCGUCAAGAGGAGGUGAUGACAAAACACUCAGAGCUCCUUGCUGAUGUCACAUCGUCCAUUCGGCAACUCUUUCAAAGCCUUCCUGGGGUUUCUUCUCCUGCUUCUCCUGCUGCACCACCCCUAAGUACCAACAGUCCUCCCAUAGCUCCAGUAGCUGCUGCAGAGCCCAGACUUCCACCCCCCAAGCCAUUCUCUGGAGAUCCUAGUUCCUGUCAGGGAUUUCUCACCCAGUGCUCUCUCACUUUUGAGCUUCAGCCCUCAAGUUUUCCCACUGACCGCUCAAAGAUCGCUUAUAUUAUCACCCUUCUGACUGACAAGGCAUUGUCUUGGGCCUCUGCGGCAUGGGAGUCCCAGCCUAGUUAUUGCCAGUCAUACACAGCCUUUGAGAAGGAAUUCAAGAAGGUGUUCAAUCACCCAGUUAGUGGACAGGAGGCUUCCAAACGUCUCCUUACUCUCCGUCAAGGUCCUCGCAGCGCUGCAGACUUCGCCAUUGAAUUUCGAACUAUUGCAGCAGGUAGUGGAUGGAAUGACGAGGCCUUAAGAGUCUGCUUUCUGGGCGGAUUAGCUGAAUCCAUUCAAGAUGAGAUGGCCACCCGGGAACCAGCCAAAGACCUAGAAUCCCUUAUUGAUAUGGCCAUUCGCCUUGAUAUUCGCUUGAGAGAACGGAGAAUGACUCGAGGCAGAGCAUCCCAUUCCCAAACUCCUGUUCACAAACCUGCAUCUCCAGUUCAUGCGCCACCAGUCAGACUUCUCCCAGUCAAUGAACAAGCUCCCGAGCCUCCAGAAGAUAUGCAGCUAGGUCGUUCCAGACUCUCUCCCAGUGAAAGGGACAGACGGAUGAGGGAGCGACGAUGCCUUUACUGUGGUAUGUCUGGUCAUUUUCGAUCCACUUGUCCAGAACUAUCGGGAAACGAGGGUCCCCACCGAGUUACAGGAGGACUGUGA